GUCACCUUGUUGGACACCUUCACAGGAGUUUAUUUCAUGCUCCCCAGAUGGUAAACAAAAAUGUCUACUGCAGAGUACGUGAAGGAUGAGUCGGAACAUGAUAUGCCGGGAGAUCAAUCACAGCCAGAUCCCCAAUCACUGCUGGAUGCACAAAGUGAUCCAGCCUGCCCUGGACUUGAAUCUGAGGCCUCUCGCUUGCAAGGUCAAUGCUUUAUCCCUGCAUCUCAGCGUCCCGACGGAACCUGGAGGAAAGCAAGACGUGUGAAAGAUGGUUAUGUUCCUCAGAAAGAAAUGCCCCUAUAUGAAAGUAAAGGGAAGCAAUGGGCCAAAAAUCGACCAGACUACCCAGUAGGUCUUGCCCCAGGUGAUGUUGCUACUAUGAAAGCUCGUCAGCAAACAGAUGAUGUAGGCAUUCCUGGGUUAACAUUACCAACAAAACAAGGUGGCAUGUCCAAGUCACAAAAAAAGAAAGCAGCAGCAGCAAAAAAGAAAGCUGCAGCAGCAGACUCGGAUAUAACGAAAGAUUUAGAAAACGUGCACAUUUCAAAUACAGGAGGGAAGCAGCCAUCUGCUUCUGAUCCCACAAAACGAUUACGCAAUCUUAAGAAAAAGUUACGUGAUAUUGAAAAGUUGGAAAAACAGAUUGCUAGUGAACUUAAGAACCCAGAACCUGAACAACUAGAGAAGGUGAAAAAGAAAGAUGAGGUAAUACAGCAAAUUGAUGACUUAGAGGAUGAACUUGGUGACUCUCAUUAGUGAAACAUAAAACCUAGAUUUGCAGACAUGAACAGUAAUUAAUUACCACUAAAAAUUAUUACAGUACUGACAUAAGUGGGAUACUUGGUAAUAGGGGUUAAAAAAAAGCUCAACACCUGAUUUUUAAACUACUCAAAACACAAAAUGGGAAAGUAGCUAGUGUUAGUAAAUGAUGUUGUUUUAUCUCAUUAACCCCAUAGCUGCGUGUUUUGAUGGGUCAGUUACUAUAUAACAAAGCAUUCUUCAUUAAGACACAAUUUCACCACACUACGCAAAAUAUUUUCUCUUAUUAUUUGUCCAUUUUUACCAUGAUGGCUACUGUAUAUACUCAUAAGUAAACUUUAUUACAUUAGAAAUCAGUACUAUCAUGACAUGAAUUCCGUUAUUCAAAAUUAUAUCACUAGUACAGUGUUACACAAUUAAUUGUUUGAGUUAGGAGAGACAUAACUAAUGCUCAAGCUAAGCUUUUUUCCCAUGGAACAUUGGAGUUCUGCUUUAUAAUUGACAAUACUUGUCUAAAAAUGUUCAUACAUUAUUGAAAUCAGCAGAGGCAGCUAGGGGGGUAAUUUUUUCCGUGUUUGAAAGUUACUUUUUGUGCAUUUAAGAAGAUUAAACUAAAGAGCAAGGUUGUUUUGAUAGGUGUGGCUGAGCAAGUGUAGCAUGUUAAUUAGUAUGGCAGUGAUAUAACCAUAUACAAAAGAUAGCAUAAUAUUUCUAUUAAAGUGAAUCUGUAUCACUUACUUUUUAUAGGAAAGUCCAAUAGUCUUUUAGCAAGUGGUCAAGAAGUUCAUUUUGGAGUUUAGUAUUCAAAGAGGAGUCGGACAAUAUAUAUAGACAUCACAUACUUUGUAUGGUGAAGGUUGCAAUUUUAAUGAAGACUUUUUUCUGCAAAUGUCAUAUUGAGUUCACCUUCUGACAAAUGCAGUUUGUUAGGCUUUAGACGGAUUCUUUGUGUCUACCAUUCUCUGUUGCUUAAAAUAUGUUGAAAAUAGAAGUCGGCAUUUUUUUUCUUAAACCCUUUACUAUUUUUAAUGAAAUGAUUACCGGGCAUUAUUAAAAUUCCCACCCAUCCUCCUGUUUAGAUUAU